AUGAUAGCAGGACGCUCCAUUAAAUUUUUUGUAGAUUCAGGUGCUACAAAUUCAGUCAUUAAAAGUACAGAGUUCCCUAGUUCGCCCAAGCUUAGUGGUCGUUUUGUUUAUUCAAUGGGCGCCUCAGGUCAGGUUGUUAAAGAAAAUCUUACUGUACCCUUACCCUGCAACAUUCCAAACGGAGACCCCUUGAAGCAUUCCUUUUUGUUAUCAAAUCUAUGUCCUAUUAAUCUGAUGGGUAGGGAUUUGAUGUGUCGUUUGGGUAUUUGUUUGUUGUCUACACCAGAGGGCAUCAAGGUUACUGAAUUAUCAGAGGUUUUUUGUACUAUGGCACUCUCAAGUCAGACAGAUCUGCUGUAUGCCUAUCAGUGGAAAGUAACAGACCCUCCAAAGGGGGGGAGACUGUUAGAGAUAGCCAGGUCACUUGUCUCCUCUGUUCAUGUUGAUUUUAUGAUACCGGAUGAUUUGCAUUGUACUUCUCAUAUUAGUAUUGGAGCAGAUACAGUUUAUGAAACCGGCUGGUUUCAGGCUGUAAAAUCAGAGAGUUUGCAGAUUGUUCAUUUGUAUUAUAUGGAUUUUUGUUGUGUUGCUGAAGUAUUGUUAAAACAAGAUCAACAGAGUUUCUUUGAUGUUUGUGAUUCUACUUCUCAUGUCUCUUUGGUCAAGAGUUCCGACAUGUCUUGGCGAGAUUUGGGCUCGUUUCUGGCUGAAUGCUUGAAGGUCUCUGACUGGGUCAGUACAACAGACCCCAACGUUUCUUAUUCACUUACUAUGAAUUGUUUCAAGAAGUCUUUCCUUGCUGAUGUGCCUGUGGUCCGUCACGUACAAAUAGUAAAGGAGUCUGUUCACUUGCCUUUUCUGACAAUGACACAGUCUGAUUUAUCACCUGACCCAGCACUUGACUCGGUUCCUAAAACUUUGUGGGUCACUGGCAAGUAUGAUGUUGGUUUGAUCAAGAACUGUGAGCCAGUGGUUAUCACUCCAAAGUCUGAUUUCCGGCCCUAUCGAAAACAAUACCCACUUAAACCUGAAGCUCUUGCCGGUAUCAGACCUGUUUUUGAGUCUCUGCUCAAUGCUGGAGUUAUUGUGCCUUGUGAGUCAUCUCCUGUCAGAUCCCCUUUAUUUCCUGUUAAAAAGAUUUGUGACGUGGGCCUUCCUGUUGAGUGGCGCUUUGUUCAGGACUUGCAAGCUGUCAAUGCUGCCGUGCAGCCACGUGCUCCACACGUGCCUAAUCCUUACACCAUUCUAUCACAAGUCCCACCCACAGCAAGAUUCUUUUCUGUUGUUGACUUGGCCAAUGCCUUUUUCAGUGUUCCUGUUCAUAAGGACAGCCAGUAUUGGUUUGCAUUCAACUUUGACGUCAAGGCUUACACUUUCACCAGGUUAUGUCAGGGCUACUGUGAAAGUCCUACAAUCUACAACGAGGCCAUAAAGACCAGCCUUGAGACACUUGAACUCUCUCCAGGAACAGUUUUGCUGACCUACGUCGAUGACCUCAUGACCUGCUCGCCAACUGCUGACCAGUGCAGAAAAGACACCAUCACCUUGCUUAAACAUUUGGCCUCAGAAGGCCACAAAGCCAGUUUGUCAAAACUGCAGUUUGUUAAAGAGUCUGUAACAUUUUUGGGACAUGUGAUCACAGCUGAGGGCAAAUCUCUCUCUCCCAAGAGAAUAGCAGCAAUUCAAAACAUACCAAAGCCAAUUACAAAAAAGCAAGUCAUGUCAUUUCUUGGAAUUUGUUCUUCCUGUCGACAGUUCAUUCAAAAUUAUGCAAUCCUAGAGGCCCCACUCAGUGCACUGAUUCAUGGCCAGAGCCUCUCCUCAAAUGACAAAGUUACAUGGACACCGGAAGCGUAUGACAGUUUUUGUGAACUGAAACUAACCCUACAGUCUUCACCCACUCUAGGUCUUCCAGAUCCAACUAGGCCUUUCAUUCAAGCUGUGGAUGAGAAAAAUGGGUGCAUGACUUCUGUUCUCCUGCAGGAGCAUGGGGGCGGGCAACGUCCGGUUGCUUACUUCUCUGCUAAACUUGACCCAGUUGCAGCUGGACUUCCGCUUUGUCUGAGAGCUGUGGCUGCUGCAGAGAAAGCAGUCAUGGCAUCAAGAGACAUAGUCGGGUAUUCACCUCUAACCCUUCUUGUCCCACAUGCUGUUUCAUUAAUUUUGCUCGAACAGAAAACUUCUCAUCUGUCCGCCGCUAGGUUGUUACGUUACAAUGCCUCAUUGUUGAAUAUGCCUAACAUCACCAUCAAGCGUUGUAAUGUUCUUAACCCUGCUACCCUUUUACCCACAAUUGUGGAUGGUGAACCCCAUGACUGUGUGCUAACCCUCCAGGAGGCCUGCACUCCCAGACCUGAUCUCCAGGAAACACCAUUAUUCAACCCCGACUUCAUUUUGUUUGUAAAUGGGUCCGCCUCUCGCGACCCCUCUACGAGUGUUAACAAAGUUGGAUAUGCUGUUUGUUCUGCACAUGACACUCUUGUUUCAGGCUCUCUUCCCAGCCACCUCUCAGCCCAGGCGGCUGAGUUGAUAGCCCUAACUGAGGUCUGUCGUCUGGCUGCAGGUAAAUCUGUUACCAUCUAUACCGAUUCCCUGUAUGCCUUUGGUGUCGUUCACGAUUUUGGUGCCCUAUGGAAACACAGAAAGUUCCUCACUUCCUCGGGUAAACCCAUCUCUCACCACACUAAAGUCGCUGCCCUGUUGGAUGCAAUCCUCCUUCCAUCUAAAAUUGCUGUGUGUAAGUGUCAAGCCCACACCCAUUCAUGUGACCCUGUGUCUUUAGGGAACGACAGAGCUGACAAAGCUGCUAAGGCGGCUGCUCAAGCUUCAAAUAGCUUCCUUCCUUUUUUCUGA